AUGUUGAUGAUGAAGAAGGUUUUAUGUGUUAUGGUGGCUUGCAUGGUGGUGGCAGCACCUUAUGCAGAGGCUGCUAUCACUAGUUGUGGUCAAGUGUUUGACAAGAUGAAGCCAUGCCUGGACUACCUGAGAAGAGGUGGUUCCGUGCCUGCGGUUUGUUGCAAUGCUGUUAGGGGACUCAAUAGCGAUUCUAAAUCAACCGCCGAUCGGAAACUUGCCUGUGGUUGCAUCAAGACUGCACUUUCAGCUUUUGCCGGAAUCAACCCUGAUAACGCCCUCAGACUUCCCGGAAAGUGUGGUGUUAAUUUUCCUUAUACGAUCAGCCCCAAGACCGACUGCUCCAAGUAUGUUCAAAUUUAUACCUUUUUUCUAUUAAGUCAUGGUUGA